GCAGCUUUCACUCUUCCCACUUUCUCCCGUCUGCUUUCCUGCCGAGCGCUGCCUUCGCUGACCCUGGACUCGCUCUGCUUUUGUCGGCUGGAACGCGAUGGGAGGCUGUUUCUGCUUCGCUCUGACUACAUGUUCCUUUCUUCUGUUUCUUGUGUCUGGAGGCACAUGCUCCGACGCAGAGCACAAACUCUUCUCCGUGAUAUUCCACAACUACAACCAGUACAUACGGCCAGUGGAAAACGUGUCGGACCCCGUCGUCGUCCAGUUUGAGGUGUCCAUGUCCCAGCUGGUCAAAGUGGAUGAAGUCAAUCAGAUCAUGGAGACCAAUCUGUGGCUGAGACAUAUCUGGAAUGACUACAAACUCAAGUGGAAUCCAAAAGAAUUUGGUGGUGUUGAGUUUAUCCGAGUGCCCUCCAACAAGAUAUGGAAGCCAGACAUUGUGCUGUACAACAACGCAGUUGGAGAUUUCCAGGUUGAUGACAAAACAAAGGCCCUGCUUCGUUACAACGGUGAUGUUACCUGGAUCCCGCCGGCCAUAUUCAAGAGCUCCUGCAAGAUUGACGUCACUUACUUCCCCUUUGAUUAUCAAAACUGCACCAUGAAGUUCGGCUCCUGGACUUAUGACAAGGCAAAAAUUGAUCUGGUUCUGAUUGGAUCCACCAUUAACCUAAAGGACUUCUGGGAGAGCGGCGAGUGGAUGAUCAUCGAUGCCCCUGGCUACAAACACGACAUCAAGUACAACUGCUGCGAGGAAAUCUACACAGAUAUCACUUACUCUUUAUACAUACGCCGCCUUCCUCUUUUCUACACCAUCAACAUGAUCAUCCCCUGUCUCCUCAUCUCCUUCCUCACCGUGCUAGUCUUCUACCUGCCAUCGGAUUGUGGUGAGAAAGUCACUCUGUGUAUCUCUGUGCUACUUUCUUUAACCGUCUUCCUCCUCGUCAUUACAGAGACCAUCCCCUCCACUUCGCUAGUCAUCCCCCUGAUUGGGGAAUAUCUCCUCUUCACCAUGAUCUUUGUCACACUUUCCAUUGUCAUCACUGUAUUUGUACUGAAUGUCCACUACCGCACACCCAAAACCCACACCAUGCCCUGCUGGGUGAGGAAAGUCUUCCUGGGACUUCUGCCCAGGGUGAUGUUUAUGACCAGGCCUGAGAGAGACCCAGAGAAGGUAACAGCAGAUGGCAGUGUUCAAGUCACGCAUUCGAGGGCCUGUGCUAUUCAUUCAUCGAACACUCUGUACAAGAAGCACAAACCUCAGGCCCUAGCUUCCAGCGUGGUGUCCAGCCUGACGACCCGGCAGCGCCUUCUCAACAAUACGGAGCUUUCUAACCUUAAUAACCUGAGCGGAGACACAGCCAAAGAUGCAGCUUCUUCAUAUUUAUGCAGUGAGGGCCACUGCAACUGCUCUUGGCACCACAAAUCCAACAAACUGCCUGCAGACUCUGGGGGAGGGAGCGGAGGACUGGGAAGUCUGGGAGCACUGGCUGGAGGUGGUGCCAUUGGGGUUGGAGUGGAGAGCCAGUGCUCCAGCUCAGAGUCUUUGGACGGGGGAAUAAAGUCCAUGCUGCCGCUGUCGCCUGAGAUCAGGGAGGCGAUUGAGAGUGUCAAAUAUAUAGCAGAGAACAUGAGACUACAGAACGAAGCAAAGGAGGUCCAGGAUGACUGGAAAUACGUUGCCAUGGUUAUCGACAGAAUCUUCUUAUGGGUUUUUGUCCUUGUGUGCAUCCUGGGAACCGCUGGCCUCUUCCUACAGCCUUUAUUACUCGGAGAGGACAUAUGAACCUGCUGGACAGCACGAAUGCUCCAUGAAUUCAACAACACUGAAUUCUCAAAAUGGCUCAGAGAGAGAGAAAUGUAUGAAGUGCUUUGUAGAUAGAUGUUCUUUUGUUUUCUCCGAUGCUGAAAACAUAACGAACAAACAACUGUAAAAGUCACAGUGAGCAUUCAAAAAAAAAAGGAAAUUAAUUAUAUACAGCAUCUAAUGCCCCAAAUUCUAAUAAAGAGUACAUUUACCAUGGUGAAAGUGUGACAUCUUGUGGAAAUGCUUUAUUACUACAUGUGAUGCAAGCGUUGCUGUUGAGCUCAAAAGGCUGAAAGGGACUUCCUGAUGAUUAGAGAAUUUAUAAAAACAAAACCUAGAGCUUGAGUGCCUGAACCUUGUAUCAGCUGAGUCUGACCCACAGGAGAAACGGAUUGAAGGUGCACACUUUGAACUAUGUAUAUACAAAUAUGCCCUUAAAUUAUUUGACCUGUGAAGAGAGAUGCAAAUGUUUUAUAUUUACAUGCAUGUUUUACUCCAGAUUGAACAGGGGAGGUCCACACGAGCCAUUACAGCUCAUUCAGUUCUUCUCAGGUGCGCCCUUCACACCUCACCUGGGGUCCAAAUGUGGUUGAGGUUGGGCCUAAAAGCUAAUUAUGACUACUGUAUGUUACAUCCUCUGUUCAAUUGGCUUUUCUCACUACAAAAAGUGGAACAUAGGUUGUAAAUGUACUAUAUGUAACUUAUUAUUUUACUUCUGUUAUAAAUGAAAUUUACAGAUGUGUCACAGUAACUAUGUCUUCACCUUUAUGUUUAACUUAACUACUGAAGCUGACUAAGUUAAACUAUAUGUGUCUGUACUGAAAUGGAAGCUCCUGCACUGAUUGCAAUUGUUAGUAGGUCACACUGUGAAUCUGUAUUCAAUUAACCUGAGGGUGCGAUAUACCAUUACAAAGAAAUCCAGCUGAUAUUAAUUAAAAUCUGUCAGAAAACCACAAGGUCAGACACUGUGGCACCUCAAGCUAAUGAAACCUCAAAUUAAUUAAGUUAAUUAAAGCUCAGUCAAAACUC